ACUUUUUAUUAAGUGUGCCAAAUCCAAACGAUCUACAAAUGGAUUUAACGACAGUUAACAGUAAACUUUCUUAAAUAAAUUAGAAAUCAUAAUAUAAGUGAAAACUGCUUAAUAAUUAAAGUGUCUAAUAAAUAAUCUAUUGCGUUUACAUUUAUAUAAACCAAUAACUGAGUGACCAACGUAUUGAAUCUACAGCAACUCAACCUUAUAAAUAUAUGACUUUAAGACUUUCAGAAAGUAUGAAGAUAGUAACAGUCGUAGCUCCUGUAAAUAUAGCUGUGAUUAAAUAUUGGGGUAAACGAGAUGAAGAAUUAAUAUUACCUAUAAAUGAUUCAAUAAGUGGGACAUUAAGCACAGAUUUUAUGUGCGCCAAAACCACUAUUUUAGCAAGUCCUUCAAUAAAAGAAAAUGUGUUUUGGUUAAAUGGUGAAUUACAGUCAUUUGAUAACAAAAGAUUACAAAACUGUUUAAAAGAAGUAAGGAGAAGAGCUAAUCCGGAAUUGCCAAUUUUAAAAUGGAAUAUAACAAUAUGUUCCAAAAACAAUUUUCCUACUGCAGCUGGUUUAGCUUCGUCAGCUGCUGGUUACGCGUGUCUAGUCGCCGCAUUGGCAGAUUUAUAUGAAAUUAAAGGUGAUAUAACGAGCAUCGCCAGAGUUGGAUCGGGAAGUGCUUGUAGAAGUUUAUAUGGUGGAUGGGUUCAAUGGAGCAAAGGAGUAGAUUCUAAAGGUGAAGAUUCUAUAGCUCAUCAAAUAGCACCAGUAUCUCAUUGGCCAGAAAUGAGAGUUAUAAUUCUAGUAGUAAACGACGAGAGGAAAAAGUACAGUUCAACUGUUGGUAUGAAAAAAAGCGUCGAAACUUCGGAACUCCUCCGUUACAGAGCGCAGACAAUUGUACCAAAAAGAGUCGAAGCUAUUAAGGAAGCAAUAUUGAACAAGGAUUUCGAAAUGUUUUCUGAAAUAACAAUGAGGGAUUCCGAUCAAUUCCAUGCAAUUUGUUUGGAUACGUUUCCUCCUUGCGUCUACAUGAACGACAUUUCCCACGCCAUAGCAGACACUGUUCAUCAUUAUAAUGAAAAAAAAUCUUCGAGAAAGGUGGCGUACACUUUCGACGCUGGUCCAAAUGCCUGUUUGUAUAUUUUAGAAUCGGAAGUGGAAGAAUUUUUGUCUGUGAUAAACUACGUGUUCCCAUCAUCAAACAAAUCAGAUUAUGUUAGAGGAAUAAAAACGAACAUAAUUCCAAUUGAAGAGGAAUUGAAGUUGUCAUUUGCAUCUAAACAACUAAAAGCCGAUACUUUGAAAUUUAUUAUCCAUACAAAAAUCGGAGAUGGUCCGAAGAUAUUGAGGGACGAAGAACAUCACCUAUUAAAUAACGAAGGUUUACCAAAAAAAUCGAUGAUGUAAACCCUAUAUUUUUAAUAUGAAUCAUUUAUACGAUUGUCAUAAUAUUCUUAAGAUUGUAACCUUUCUUCCCCAACUGGAGACUCUUCCUUAGGAAGUGGUAUUCGACCUCAGUUAUAGGACUAAAUUGGACGCCAUCAUUUUUUUAACGAACGACGUUAAAAGUGAUUAAAAAAGGUGGAAACACCUCGCGGAUUAAAUUAAUAUUAAGAAUUAAACAAACUAAAACUAUUCCCGUACACGAAUUAUCCAAUGAACAAUAAAAAAAUUUCAGCAACAAAUAAAUAUAUUAAAAAAAAUAAUAUAUUCCCAGCAACACAUCAAGAGAGCACAACAACUAAUAAAAAGCAGUUAAAAAUUUGAAAAAACUCAAAAUUUCUAUAUAUUAUAUAUAAGAUGAGACUGGAUGGUCCAGCCCUUAUCUGAAUUCCCAGUUGUUGGAGUUGAAUUUAAUGAGAUGGUGUAAUGCUCGAGUCCUUUAUGUUGUUGAACUCCAACCUGGCAAUUGAAGGAUUGUGGAAAAAAUAAAAUUAGGAAGAAAACGGGAACGCAGAUGAAAAUUACUAAAGAAGGAUCAGAAGGUAGAACAGAUUUGAAUAAAGAGGAGCUCAUAUAUAAAUAUAACAUAAAAAAACUAAAUUUAUAUUUUUUUAAAAUAUAACCAAACAGUAUUCUAUUCGUUCUGUUCCCCAAAUAAAUACAAAAUACGAAUUUGUAUGAAAAUUAUUAUACAGAAGUUUUUUUUAAAAACAAAAGGAAAUUAUUGAUGAUAACUGCAAUUUGUGGGCACUUAGAUAUAGAAAUGUUCUUCGAAAAACUUUUUAACUUCUUAAAAAUAAUUUACAACAAACGACUUGUAAAUUUAUACAGAAAGUAACAAAUCAAUACUCUAUUAAACAGAUGGCAAUAAAACAAUGAAUAUUUUUUAUUAAUCACAUUUAACUUAUAUUUAUUUGAUCCGUGUUUUGGAAUGCGCUGUUCAUGUGAAUAUUAUUUAUUGUUAGUUGGAAUCCGCUAAUAGUUAGGCAAUGUCGGGAACCUUUCAUAUUUCUAUAUAAAGGCAAAGUUGAAAAGAAAUUUAAAAAAAACUUACCAACGAAUAUAAAAGAUAAUAUCGCAAGUUUUAUUAAAUUUAAUUAUAUUUGUUGUAGACUGUAGACAGGUAGAGGACGAUUUAGAAAACAUUUCGAGGUUUUAUUGAAUUCGUUGAAUGGGGUGGGAAAUCGACAACAAAUUAAUUUCUUUAAAAACUCUAAUAGUAGAAUAAAUUAAUCAAAAGUGACUUGGAAUGUUAGAAAUGUUGUAAUGUUAAAACAAAGAGUGAUUCUAGCCUUGUUUAUAUACAACGCUUCGCUAUAUUAAACUUUGAAGUCACUUGCCUAAGGAAGUACUGUCUUCGUUCUUAUCAUAGAAGAAACUGCUUUUAUUUGUUAAUGACAAAAGGAGGAAGAAAAUAAUCGACAAUAUUGUUAGAUCACUUAGAAUCAUUUUAUUGUCAUUAAAACUAAUUCUUGUACUCAUCCCUUAACCGUAAUGGGUAAAUUGCAAAUUUUAUUGUAUUUACUUCAUAAUGCAUCACAAAUCUAUAAUCUGAGUUUACUAAAUUUUCAGACAGUAGUUUUAUCUUUUGUUAAAAUAUUGCCACUUGUAGAAACACUAUUUCAUGCUCCUUUCAUAACUUUAUUGAUGUUAAAAUCAUUUUUGAUGAACAUAUUGUUGACCAAAAAGAAUUUAUUUAUUCACCUUUUUCUGCAAGAUUAUUAUCAACAUCGAUUUGGAGUACUCACCACUCUUUUUUUAAUAUUUUAUCAAAAUUUUUAAACCGCUUCCAGUUUUUUAAUUAUUGUAGGUGAUAAGUAAACAUUUAAAAAGUGUCAAAAUAAACUACGCUGCAACUAAACUGCUCUUUUCGGAGGGUAGACCUCUUUCCUUCUUCUGAAAUUCUCUACUAGCUUCCUGGUUGAAAAUAGUCUCCUUACAUCGAUUUUAAUAGCAUCACUAAGAUAUAAAUUAAACUAUUUUUAUAGCCAAAUUGUGUGACGGUUGUUGAAGGUUUAUUAUAUUUAUAUAGAAAAAAAAACAAUUUUAGCUUA